AUGCCGCAGUAUCUCCUGCGUAUGGUCCUAGACCACCUGUCCUUCCGACUUCCCUCGCUUCUCUCCGUGUCCCAGGUCUUUGGCUUCCCUAUCCGCUUCGUGUCGGAAGACAAAUCCAGAGGUCUGCUGGUGAUUGAGCUGGAGAAGGAGGAGCACUUGCAGCACAUCUUAGAUAGAGACACUCUGGUCCAGUCAGCUUCCGAGCUCUACGCCGAAGGAGCGAGCUAUGAUGAUCUGCACAAGCAGCUCAAGGGGAGGCUCGAAGUGUUCGAACCAUAUAUGGACUCGACAUUCAAGUUCAAGAUUGACAGUACCCACCACAAAAUACCGGAUACCCGACAAGUGUCAAUCAUUGAAGGCUUUGCCUACACUGCGCUGCGAGGUGGUAUCAAUUUGAAGACACCGGAUGUGGAAUUCUUUGUCUGCGAAGACUACGACUGGAUAGCUGCCAACGACGAUGGACAGCAAGAAGCGCGAGACGGGCAAUUCAGAUGGGUCUACUUUGGAAGAUAUAUUGCGCAAGGUCGCGCUCGUCAACUGAUCGUUUCCCACUCUGUCAAAACUCGGGCAUACUACGGCAACACCUCCAUGGAAGCCCAGAUGGGUUUCUUGAUGGCGAACCAAGCUCUUCCCGCCCCUGGCAAACUCAUCUACGACCCUUUCGUCGGUACGGGCUCCAUGCUCUAUUCUGUAGCCCAAUUCGGCGCCAUGGUCUUCGGGUCCGAUAUCGACGGUAGACAGAUCCGGGGCAAAGCAAAAGGGAAGGGACUGUCACCCGGUAUUAUCCGUUCUGCUGAGCAGUAUGGUAUCCGGGAUCAGUUCUUGGACUUUUUCACUUUUGAUGUCACUAAAAGUCCGCUGAGACAAGGUGGAUGGGUGGACGCUAUCAUCACGGAUCCUCCUUAUGGUGUUAGAGCUGGUGCGAAGAGAUUAGGCCGAAAAGGUGGCAAGAAGCCACUGAGAGAUGAACCUUAUCAGAUGCCCGACGGCUCUUUCUCUCACAAACGCCCAGACUACCUCCCUCCUUGCCGUCCAUACGAACUCGCCAAUCUCACUCUCGACCUUAUACAGCUUGCCCGCUGGCUUCUCGUGCCCAAAGGCCGACUGGUCUUCUUCUUGCCGACAGUAACGGAGGACUAUGACGAGAUCGAUAUUCCAAAAGUGGAGGGGAUGAGGGAGCUCAAGAUAGGAGAGGGGAGCGUGCAAGAUUUCGGCAAGUGGGGCAGACGAUUGAUUACAAUGGAGAAGACGGCUACGGAUGAUGGAGAGAGACCGACGUUCGAAGAUCACGAAGAAUUCGGAGAAGAUGCCGAGCACCUUCCGGGGCACUACGGUUUCAACAAGAGAUAUCUUGCAGGGUUCAGAGACUCUGAAUCUGGAUCAACAUCCCCCAUCCCUCGCUCUGGCGCCGAAUCCAAAGCUCCCACUCCUGUCCCUGCCACUCCAUCUGAAUGA